UCCAGCCCUCCAGGAUCCCUGCGCCCCGCUCGCCUCCCCUCUGACGCACUUUAAAGAGUCUCCCCCUUCCACCUCGAGGCGAGUAAUAGCGACCAAUCAUCAAGCCAUUUACCAGGCUUCAGAGGAAGCUGUUGAUGUGAUCCCCGCGCUAAUUAGGCGCAUGCACUAGCCGCCCGCCCGCCCGCCGGCGCGGGGACCGCGCACCUCCAUGGACCGUCUCUGGACGUAGCGGCACGACGGAAACUUCUCCCGGCAACUCGGGGCGGGCCCCGCCGCUCCGGCCGCUGCUCCCAGCCCCUUGAUGAGUGCGCCGCUGCCUCCGCCAGGCACUCCCUCCUGCAAACUUCCCCGGCUCCGGCAGCGCACCGGGGGCCGCGGCCGUCGGACAGCAUGUUCCAGCCCACGCCCAAGCGCUGCUUCACCAUCGAGUCGCUGGUGGCCAAAGACAGCCCCCUGCCCGCGUCCCGCUCCGAGGAUCCCAUCCGGCCCGCGGCGCUCAGCUAUGCCAACUCCAGCCCCAUGAACCCGUUCCUCAACGGCUUCCACUCGGCCGGCCGGGGCGUCUACUCCAACCCGGACUUGGUGUUUGCGGAGGCCGUGUCCCACCCGCCCAACCCCGCCGUGCCCGUGCACCCCGUGCCCCCGCCCCACGCCCUGGCCGCGCACCCGCUGCCGUCCUCCCACUCCCCGCACCCGCUCUUCGCCUCGCAGCAACGGGACCCCUCCACCUUCUACCCCUGGCUCAUCCACAGGUACCGGUAUCUGGGCCACAGGUUCCAAGGGAACGAGACGAGCCCGGAGAGCUUCCUCUUGCACAACGCCCUGGCCAGGAAGCCCAAGCGCAUUCGCACCGCCUUCUCCCCGUCCCAGCUCCUGCGGCUGGAACAUGCCUUCGAGAAGAACCAUUAUGUCGUGGGAGCGGAGAGGAAGCAGCUGGCGCAUAGCCUCAGCCUCACGGAAACUCAGGUAAAAGUAUGGUUUCAGAACAGAAGGACAAAGUUCAAGCGACAAAAGUUGGAAGAGGAAGGUUCAGACUCACAACAGAAGAAAAAAGGGACUCAUCACAUUAACCGGUGGAGAAUUGCCACCAAACAAGCCAGCCCAGAAGAAAUAGACGUCACUUCAGACGACUAAGAACUGGCACUGGGACUUUUCCGACGAGCAAACAAAACAAAAAUCAAAGUGUUGCAGGAUCACACACCCGGAGAGCGGCGGUGCAGGGGAGAGGCAGAGGCUUCAUCAAAAUGCAGUUCUCGUCUAGGAGGCAGCUGAGAGAGAGAGACACGGAGCGAGAGGUCCAAAAUGUGGCAUUGCUGGCACAGCUCUGGCAAAGGGGGAUCUGUCAAUCAAAACCUAUCCACCGAGACACGAUGAUUGACAGGUAUUCCGUUUCUCGCAGUCCACUUUUAAAAUCCAAUAACGACAAAAAAAAUUAAAAGAAAAAAAACCCCAAUAUAUAUAGAUAUAUAUACACAACCCUCCCCCCCUCCCCCCACCUAACAGGACAUUUUUUGCACUUCACAGUUUUUUUCCCCAGCCUUUACAAAGCAAAUGCCGUGCACAAUCCAAAUCCACACCUGUUUCAGAAACUUGAAUUGCAUGUGUUUUUAAAAAAAAAGGAAGAAAGAAAGAAAGAAAAAGCCGUUUGGGGUUUUUUUUAAAACGGUUCCUAAAGACAGAAAUGAAUUGUAAUUUUUUUUUCCUUUUAAGACAGGUUCUGUGUGCUUUUUAAUUUUAUUUUACGAGAAAUGUGCAGUCUGUAAACAUUUUAUGAUAACUUCUGGCGUCAAAGUGAUUGUGAAAGCUAAAUGAAGUAGCAGUAACUAAACAUAGUGUUCCUUCCAAACGGACAACGCGGGGAUGUGGGUGGGAGGGAGCGGAGGGGUGGUUAUGACUUUUUGCUGCAAAAACAAAAAACAAAAAAAAUUCCCCAAUUUAAAAAAAAUAUAUAUAUCCCCAUGGUGAAACAUAAUUAAUAUUUUUUAAAUCCGAUGGCCACUGUUCGGUGGUGCCGGCUCUUAAUUGGCAGAUCUUCCAAACUAGCAGUAUGCAGGAAAAAGGACUCGAUAUCAAGGAUUGAUCAAAAAUGGCCAUUUUCAUUGGGGGCAAGUUUCAAGCACUGAGCUUAUAAUAUUCCAAGAUUAUAGAGCUACUAAAAACAAGUGACAAAUGUUUCCUUAAUGUCUUCUAUACCAGAAUGUAAAUAUUUUUGUGUUUUGUGUUUAAUUUGUUAGAAUUCUAACACACUAUAUACUUCCAAGAAGUAUGUCAUUGUCAAUAUUUUGUCAAUAAAGAUUUAUCAAUAUGCCCUAAA